AUGGAAACUCUCAAAGACAGUCUAGAGCCCGUCGCUCUCCCCUACUGGCCAACCUGCAAGAAUGCGCUGACUUGGUCGCCCGAGGAUUUGGCAGUCGCUGCAGGUGAGCUGGUGCAUAUCCUAACCCCUCGCGAUGCAUCGCGAUCACUGGGUGAUCCAGGCCACAGGCUCUGGCACACAUUUACUCUCCGCGUCAAUCAGUUCGAUCCGUCAGAAUGGCCGUAUCAAGACCUGGCCACUAUUACUCAUUUUUCCGUCGGGGAGGAACUGUCCGAGUCUACCGUCGUGUCGCUUUCCUGGUCUCCACCUGGAUUGGGAAUCUACCGAAGAAGCGUCCUUGCUAUUUUGACGUCAAAUCUCAUUCUCUCUCUUUGGGAGUCCAGCGGGAGACUUGGCGUCUGGCAGCGAACUGCGAUCGUUAAUCAGUAUCUACCGAUUCAGCCUAGUGGCGAUGAGACCGAUAAUUCCAGACUACAACGACGAGUGCGCGCCUUUCGCUGGCUUCCUCCCCUGUUGCCUUCUGAAGAAUCCGGGUGGGGGUGCCAGUUCCUGGCUGUGGCCGAUGAUGAUUUCACAGUCUCGUUCUUUCAACUGUGGAAGGCCAACGGUGCUGUGUAUGGACGUUGGUCAUACAAGCUCUGUGCACAGUACAAGAUCCCCGGUCUACGGCAAUUUGAUGCAAGUGCAAUGAAGAAGUUCGGUUUGCAAACAAUUCUAGCCCAAUCCUCACCAAUCUCGAGUUUGGAGACAAGCAAAUGGCGAUUCGAGGAUGGACCCAGCAGGCAUUCCGGGACAGCAGCUGUGGAUGUCAAGGUAAGCUUCGGCCAGUGCAGUGAGGCGAAAUAUCUGUCCCUACACGUGAAGUGGAUGGAUGGAAGCAACGACAAAACCCGACGUGAGAUGGCGUUUUCAGUUACACCUUUGAAGUCAGCAUCGAGCUUCUUGUCCUUGGAAAUGCCCACCCAGAGCCAAUUUGAUUCCGUAAUCCAGAAACCUCGUUCAGAUUUCGACCGCAACUUUGGGCUGGGGGGAAGACUUCGCGUCAAUUAUUGGGGCACUGCGUUCUCUCCUGACCAUACCAUUGCAGCGGCCUGCAUCACGCUACAUCCUUCAGACAUGAUUGAGUACGGCGCCCCUUCAAGCCAACGCACUACAGUGGUGUUCAUGCGCAUUCGCGAGCCGCCGAUGUCGGACUAUAUUCCAGACCAUCCAUCCGAGGUGCAGAAACGCAUUCUGGAGUUUGUGAGGGACUCGCCAUUAGGUUUGGUCAAAACAGACCUGGAUAAACAUAUUGUGCGGACGGCUGCUGCCCUGAUCAAACUGGAUUUCAAAACUUCCUCGUCUCUCACCCGCUGGGCAGAUGAUAUGCUGGAUCUACUUCCGACGAGUGCUUCCCGCCAGGAUUCCAGUGGCACUGAUCAGCGACAGGCUUCUAAUAACACGAAUCUCAUCGCAACCGCCGAGCCUGGAGGCGAAACAAGCGUUCUAGCCGACGAGGUUUGCGAUCUCUGCGGUGAUACCAUUCCGUUUUCAGCAGACCCAGGUCGAGCAAGAUGCAAUCGAGGCCAUCAAUUCAGCCGGUGCAGUCUUUCCUUCGUUGCUAUCCAAGAGCCGGGGAUUUCCAUGUAUUGUUCUAAAUGCGGUAGGCAAUUCCUCGAUCCUGGCAAGCUGGAAUGUGCGGAUGGUCCAAGCUUGAGUCAAGCGCUAUUUGACAACUUCGAUGUCUGCCCGUACUGCCAAGGCAAGUUCCGGGGCUGA